AUGGCUAUGUCCCAGACUGUCAUCUCAGAUCAGAUCCGUAACAUACAGAAAUGGCAGAGCGUCAUCCGCCUGCCAGUCGAGCGGGCGCAGUCACCUCCAUAUCAUGCUCGACGACCACACAAAAAGUCACGAUCCGGGUGUAGCACCUGCAAACGACGCAGAGUCAAAUGCGAUGAGACAAAGCCGAUUUGUCGCAGAUGCGACAAGAUUGGCGCUUCCUGUGUCUAUAGCCCUGUCCCGGGAUCGUCCCCAGAGAACAACGCCCUUGAAAAGGUCAAGGGACCAGAUAGAACAGCAUUCGCUUUCUCUCUUAAUGAUCUUGAGAGCAGGAUCAACAGCACUCUGGAACUAAAUGGAGGAAUCUACAGUGUCGACGGAGUGAAAGAUCCCAAGAGCGCGCAUCCCAUCACCCUUGUAGCUUUUGAGCAUUUCAUCCGUUCGUCGACGAAAACAGUUUGUCAUCCAUCCAUUCGUCAUGUCAUGGAAAGUGAUAUGAUCCGAACGGCGUUUCAGAGCCCCCAUCUGAUGUACACAAUCUUAGGCGUCGGCAGUCUCCAUCUCAGCCGGAUGCGUCCCCAAACCCAAGUAUAUCGUCUCGCAGAAGCCUACUUCUGGCAACAGGCCAUCAAAGCCUACCAGGAAGCUCUAUUGGGAAGAGUCACCGCCCAGAACGUUGACGCCCUCAUCUCAACCUGCAUGUUCAUGGGCAUCACGUCCAUCUGCCCUGACCACUUUCAACCGACUGACUCUUGGGUUCUUUCUGGUAACCCUGGAGCCAUGAACUGGCUUUCUCUGCAAAGCGGGCUGCGCUGUAUCUUGAAGCUCGCAGGCCCGUAUAUCCCGUCCAGCAUCUGGGCAUCGGCUUUCCAGCAAACUCACCGGGAGGAAGUCCAGUUGUAUGACGAGGCAAUUCUACAAGGGCGGGAAGGUCUCGAUCCUGACCUGGCGGAUCUGUGCCAAGUCGACGACUCAACCACCGCUUUAACGAAUCCGUACUACGAGCCUCUGAGGCUGCUUGCGGCUAUAUUCACAUUGGACAGGAAUCCAAAGAAUGCGGCUCAAUGUGCGACGUUUAUGGGUCGACUUGAAAAUAAAUUUCUGGCGCUCCUGCGAGCAAGGGAUGUGCCUGCACUUUUGAUCCUGGCCCAUUGGAUGGGUCUCAUGUGCACGCUCGCCGAAUGGCAGCCAUGGAUCGAAGCGAGAAUCCGCGGCGAAUGCACCGCUAUCUGCAUAUACCUGGAAUAUAGCACAGACCCGAGGGUGCUCCGGCUGCUUCAGUUUCCUGCGAGCGCCUGUGGAUAUCCACUGGUAUAUCCGAUCAUUUGA